GCUGGGGGAAAAGAUCAAAUUUCAGAAAAGGGAGAUGUGUGGAUUCUCUGACGGGACCCUGGAGCUGCAUCACAGAGACCAGUUGCAGCUAUUUGUUUGUAUUGGUGCAGAGACUGGGGACGAGUCAGAACCGUGCGCUGCAAAGCGGUUGAUUUGAUCGGCUCGGAGCCGGGAGCCAGAUGCCCCGAAAUUGCCGAUCGUGCUGUUCCAUGAGCGCUAUGAGCCGCUAUCUCUGGCUGCCUUUGCCCUAUGUCGCCAACACUUUCCGAAAGAGCCCGGAGGAAGCCAAUGUCAGCGACUUGCUGUCGGCUCUGUACGACCUCUCCAACAGCUCCUCCUUGUUCAACUGGGGCAACCUGACCAUCGAGGAUUGGGGUGUCUUCAGCAACCAGACCAAGUAUGAAGCCGAGUCCCAGAACCCGACUGUCAAAGCGCUGCUGAUCGUUGCUUAUUCUGUCAUCAUCGUCAUCUCGCUCUUCGGGAAUGUCCUGGUUUGCCAGGUGGUGGUCAAAAACAAGAGGAUGCACUCUGCCACCAGCCUGUUCGUGGUCAAUCUGGCGGUGGCCGAUAUCAUGAUCACACUCCUCAACACCCCCUUCACUUUGGUUCGGUUCGUAAAUAGCAACUGGGUGUUUGGGAAGCUGAUGUGUCAUGUCAGUCGGUUUGCACAAUAUUGUUCUGUGCAUGUGUCAGUACUGACACUCACUGCUAUUGCAUUGGACCGACAUCAGGUUAUCAUGCACCCUCUGAAGCCCAGGAUGUCUAUGGUUAAAGGAGUCAUCUGUAUCAUUGUCAUUUGGAUCAUGGCAACCUGCUUCUCCCUUCCACAUGCGAUCUACCAGAAGUUAUUCAGAGUUGAAUACAGGAAAGAAAAAGUGCGAAGUUUAUGUCUCCACAAUUUUCCGCAGCCAGCUGAUCUAUACUGGAAGUACACGGACUUGUCUACUUUCAUUCUCCUGUAUGUUUUGCCACUUCUGAUUAUAACUGUAGCCUACACGACAGUGGCAAAGAAGCUGUGGUUGAGGAAUGCCAUUGGAGACAUCACUGUCGAGCAGUAUUUUGCCCACAGACGGAAGAAAAUAAUGACCCUGAAGAUGCUGAUGCUCGUGGUGGUAGUGUUUGCUGUCUGUUGGUUUCCCCUCAACUGUUAUGUUGUACUCAUCUCCAGCAAGGCCAUCAACACCAAUAAUGCCAUAUACUUUGCUUUCCAUUGGUUCGCCAUGAGUAGUACUUGCUACAACCCCUUCAUCUAUUGCUGGCUUAAUGCAAAUUUCCGAGGUGAACUUAAAUCCUUGCUGGAUAUGUGCAAAAGGCGAAGGGUCACCCAUGCACAACCCCCUCCCUGUAUAUCUCCUCCCUACAGGCAGGCGUGGAUUGAAGACAGAAGCCAAAAGAGAGGCAAUCAAGCUCAAAACUUGAGGUUUAACACCAACUCUGCAAGGACUGAUCUUUCCGUUGUUGAACCUAUUGUGACUGUAAGCUAAUCUGGAAAGGGAGGACAUUUUAAAUGGUACAUGUCAACAACUAGAGUAUGUGCAAGAUCUUCCAACCUUUAAAACAUCGUUCUUCAGAUGUAAGAAUCUCUGGCCAAGCUGGCAUUUAGUAGCCAUCACUUGUUUUCCCUGAGUAGGUGGUGAUGGUCUCACUAUAGUGGUUUGAUACAACCACAUGGUAAUGUCAGAGGUCAGACACAUGGUAAAAUCAGCGGCCUACCAUCACUGAACAAAAGUAAUCAGUUGGGAUUUUAUGACAAUCCCACAACUUCAUUCACACUUUUUAUUGUUACAAGCAUCCACCACUCUUCCCAUGUUUUAUUAAGGAUCUGAAUUCACAUUCCUAAAUUGGAGCUCAUUACUAAUCCAGGUUUCUGGAUUAUCUGACCAACAAUUUCAUCACUACACCAUCCUACUCCUUUCUAAUGAGAAAUAUACGACUAAGUUUGAUAGGCAUUUAAGAAUGAUCCAAUCUCUCAGGAGAUUUUGAGAAAUGGUUGAAAAGUUGAAAAUAAAUUAAAUUACUGUGUGUAGUUCGGAAAAUAUUGGUGUAAUCUGGUGAAAAUAUAUGCUUCAUUGUUGGACCAGUGCAUCUUGCUGAAACUGUAUGUUGAGUGCUGUAAGCCUACUUAUUGUUGCAUUGCAUCACUGCAGUUCUCACUAAGCAAUCAUAUAAACAGCAUAUAUUUAAAUUGUUCAAAAUUAUUCUUAAAACUUUGUAUCAUGUUUUGUUGUGGUCAUGUUACUUGGUCAAAAGAACAAUUGUAUACAUGGACAUUAUGGACUCAGAUCAGAUUGUAUAGCUAAGUGCACAAAUUAAUCAAAUUAUUUUGUUACUACCUGCCUCUGUGGCUACAUGUACAAACAGGCAUCAAGGAUGCUUACUAAUAACUUGUAUCUCAGUAUCAGUUUAAUCUUAGAAAUAAUUUUCAGUUAAUCUCUGGAUCUUGGAUUUAAAUCUUGUAAUUUAUAGCCUUAAAGAAGAGAUCUAUUCCUUGUUUUGUUUACAAAUGGUCAUAAUUAGCUUUAGAAUGAGGAGGAAGGAAAUCAAAAUUUUACAUAACUUUGAUAUUUACACCUUUACGUUAGAAAUGUUUUCAAAACCUAUGUUUUAAAAAAUAGCAACGUUUAUAUUUCCAAAAUCAUUAUUGUCACUGAUUUAUUUUGAGCAUAAAAGACCCCAAACGAAUGAGGGAGACUAUUCAACUCAUCCUUCCAUUAAAAAAACCUACAACCUGCCAUCCCAAACCAGUGGUGUUUGCAAAUUUGACCAUCUUAAUGUUGUGAUUUUGAACAUUUAGAUAAAUGUGAAGCAGUGAAGGCCAUAACAAGAAUCCAUGGGUUUUAAUACAUCAAUAAUUAAGGUGCCUAUGAUCCCAUGCAUAUGCCGGAAGUCCAGGCACAGUGUCCUCUAGUUUUCAUGACUUCCUCAAAAAAAGAUCCAGAAAUUUGUCUGGGAGAACCUGUACCUUCUAUGAAAGUUGGCUGUGAAAGUUCACAAGCCAGGAUGAAAUAUUGAGAGGCAAAUCUGAGUUGGAAUCCAGCAAGGACUUUAUGUGUCUAUCUCAACUGUAAAUUACCAACCAGUGUUUUAGAUCUGAAGGUAAAAUCAACCUUAGUUUUCGUCUUCAUAAAAAAUUAAUGCUCAAAAUAUAUUUGCGCUAAAAAAGGUUUGACUAUUUGUUGUUUUGGGCUUUCCAACAUGGUUAAGCAUGGCACUGAAACCGCAGUUUU